CUUAUUUAUUGAUUUGAGUUUGUUAAUCAGGGAGGACAAGCUGAACACUGCCCGGCGCCCGCAUAUAAGGGGAUUUUGUUUUCAUUCCUUUACAAAACUGAACAACAGGAAAAUCUACUUUGCAAUUAUCUGUCCUCUUCUUGCUAAAGAGGCUGCCGGAAACCAACAUUUGCACCUCGCAAAACUUUGGCUGAAUAAUUUAAGUUCUUCCUUGACAGUUAAAGGAAAGAAAAGAAAACACUGCUGUAGAAGUUGUAUGAAAAAGGUUCAUUCAGUUGUGAAAAGGCAAUGUGUACGCUUUUAAGAAUGCUGCAAAGUCAAAAAUCAUCCGUUAAUAUUCCAGAAUUUUAAAGCAACCGGCACUUUAUUUAAAGAAGAAUUUACAUUCCUGCAUUAACUAUUCAUCUUCCCGAAUUUUAAAGUAACGGAUAUUUUAGAAGGUUUUAUUUAUAUUUGUCCAGGUGGCCUUUUCAGGGUUUGGUUUUACUCGGUUCCGUCAGCUCACGGUUUGGGGAUGUACGAAGGUCGGGAGCCUACAGAAAGCCCCCCGCCACCCGGACCCGGUUGGAGCUUCAAAUCGUUUACAGCUAAUCACGCCUUCCUACAGUCCAAGCAAGGGAUGCUGCUGACCGGAGAACUGGUGCUUUGCUUUAUCAUAUUUAUUUGCUUUGCUGCCUCAGAUGCAUCCUAUCUGGCUGCUCCAUUGUUAGAGCUUCUGAUUACAUCGGUGUUCCUCUUUCUAUACGUCACAAAAUACUAUGAGCGUUUCAGCAGUCUUAACUGGCCAUGCAUGGAUUUAUUGCGCUGUGCCAGUGCUGUUCUCAUAUUUGUGGUCGUCUCGAUUGCUGCUGCAGCACGGGGAGGAGAAGGCGGCAUCAUUGCUGGAGCUCUAUUUGGCUUUGUCCUAAUAGUCUUGUUUGUGUACAACUGCUAUGUUAUCUACACAUCCUUCAUACAACAGAAUUCUGGGAGUACCCAAGAUGCACCUGGACAAUAAAGUUCCAGCUUUGUAAUAUGGAUCGAAUAAAAGAAUGUGAACUUUACUGUGACUGAUCCUGUUCAAGAUUUACCUGCAGCAUUACCAGUUAUCUUUCUGCAGUCAUUUAUUUAAAGUUUAAAGGGUAUUGCUACUACUACUGUAGUCUAACAAAUGCACCGACUUACAGCAGUAGGGAUACAUGAGGGCAGUGGUUUCAAGAACUGGGUUUUACUACUGUUUCUGAUUUGUUAGCCCAGUAUUUUUUCUGUUGCGUGAAAAUAAACCCACUGCUGAUGGCAUUGUA